AUGGAUUAUACAAAUAUAGUUUAUAUGAUCUAUGUAAGUGUUUUGAUAGUUACUUUAGCUGGUGGACAAACUUGUAAACAAUGUUUCAACUGCCAUUUACCGUCUUGUUUUUGUAGUACAUUCAAACACCCAAUGAACCGGAGUGACAUUCCACAAAUGGUGUAUUUUGGAUUUGAUGGAGCCUUGAAUUCAUUUUCUGCAAAAUCUUACGACGUUCUGUUCAGGCGUGAGCGCAUUAACCCUAACGACUGUCCAAUUAGUGCUACUUUGUUCAUUACCCAUAAUUCCACGGACCAUGAUCUCUCUAAAAAGUACUAUGAACUUGGCUUUGAACUAGCGGUAUCGGACGCAGCAAAUACAAUAUAUGAUUUGGGAUUUAACAUUAUGAAUGAGGUGAUGAUCCAUAAGACAAUUAUGUCGAAACACAUUGGGAUACCUCUGUCAGAUAUAGCAGGUUGGAGGAGCCCAAUGUUAAGAGCAAUGGGCGACCUGCAGUUUCUCGCUUUGCAGAAAUCACACUACAUCUAUGACAGUUCUAUGAUAUAUACGAAAAAUCACAUUAAUGAUAGUGACGUCUGGCCGUUUACUUUAGACUAUGGGUGGCCGUACAGGUCCUCGUGUUCGUCUAGAUGCCCGGAAGAUCAAUACCAUGGCCUUUGGGCGAUUCCCGUGAACUCCAUGAUUCUUGACGGAAAAUCAUGUAUGUAUGCGGAUAGUUGUGAAGAAAAGCUCUCCAACGUUAACGCAACUUUCAAAUACUUGAUGGACAAUUUCCACAGCCAUUACUAUGGCAACAGGUCACCGUUCGGAAUCAACAUCCAUUCAAAUGACUUUGUUGACGACCAUAAGGAGGAGUUAGAUUUGUUUAUUAAUGAGAUACUCAAGUACGGCGAUGUCUAUAUCGUCAACAUUAAACAAAUGAUUGAAUGGAUGAGGCACCCUACCAAACUCUCGGACAUCCGGGCUUUCGUACCGUGGUGUACGUCAGAUGUGGAAGGAAAUGAAAGGGAAACGAUAAAGAACAUGUCUAACGGUCUAACACUUGCAGAGAAGGCAUUGUUAGAUAUAUUGGUGCUUGUUUCAAGUGUCGGUAUCUUGUAUACUCUUUCAAUAAUGAUGGAGAGAUUGCAUCUCGUCUUAGGAAAAAAGCAAUAUCGUCCUUUGUAUGAGGAAAUUCCUCUUAACCAAGACUCCUAUAUCUGA